UGUCGCCAUCAUUAAGUGGCUAAAAUGUUGAGCUAGCUCUUAAGUAGUACGCUGCAGUGACGUUAGAUACAGUUUUUAACAAAUUAAAUUCUUUCUGGGACUUCAGUCGAAGCUUUUGUGAACUGUUGUGAUGUUUACCAGUAAAUGCGAUUAGUUCUGUUGCCGUGUUGUGUCGUUUACUCACACCAGACCAGAACCAGGAGCUUGUUUUCACAUUAGCAGCCGGGAGUCUUGAGAAGCAGCGGAGAGAGAGAGAGUUGGGCGGCGGGGCUUCUGCAACCGUCGGGUUUAUUAAGCUAAAAUAGCUGACCGGCGAGAGGAAUUAUCGACACUUUUAGUUAACAAAUUCACGACUAUAAGCGUUGCUCUUUGGUUGGUCGUUACUUGUAGGUUCGUAACCAGAACCAAGGAGUUAGCGGCACCACAGAGCAAGAAUACGCAUCUUCGCUGACGAUUUAAAGCAAGCGGGGAGGACUGGGUUCGAUCUGUUAAGGUUAAAGUCUGGUAAACUGGAGCUGUCAUCGUCACAUUUUCCCACUGGAACAAGGGAGUCGUUGCGGGCUGUUGGGCCUGACGGCUGAGGAUGUCUGAGGGAGAGAACAAGCAGCUGCAGGCCCCGGACAGCAGCCAGGAGGCGAAGCCGCCGGACUCCGGGGCCGCUGCUUCCGCGGUGGGCCAAGGAGGAGGAGUGUCGUCCGUGUCUCCGCCGGUGUCCGCGGUGGCCCAGCCUCCCUCCGCCGCCGCGGCCACGGAGGACGACGAGGAGGAGAGCGAGGACGAGUCCGAGAUUUUAGAAGAAAGUCCGUGUGGACGCUGGCAGAAACGCAGAGAGGAGGUGAAUCAGCGGAACGUGCCUGGGAUCGAUAAUGCUUACUUGGCAAUGGACACGGAGGAGGGAGUGGAGGUGGUGUGGAAUGAGGUCAUGUUCUCAGAGAGGAAGAACUUCAAACUACAAGAGGAAAAAGUGAAAGCUGUGUUUGACAAUUUAAUCCAGCUGGAACAUUUGAACAUCGUGAAGUUUCACAAGUACUGGGCCGACGUCAAAGAGAACCGAGCCCGGGUCAUUUUCAUCACGGAGUACAUGUCAUCAGGAAGCCUCAAACAGUUUCUGAAAAAAACGAAGAAAAACCACAAGACCAUGAAUGAAAAGGCCUGGAAGCGCUGGUGCACACAGAUCCUGUCCGCCCUCAGCUACCUGCACUCCUGUGAUCCUGCCAUCAUCCAUGGCAACCUCACCUGUGACACCAUCUUCAUCCAGCACAACGGCCUCAUCAAGAUCGGCUCAGUUGCUCCUGACACCAUCAACAACCACGUAAAAACCUGCCGGGAGGAGCAGAAGUGUCUUCACUUCUUCGCUCCAGAAUAUGGAGCUGUUGCCAACGUCACCACAGCUGUGGAUAUUUAUUCCUUUGGAAUGUGCGCCUUAGAGGUGAGAAGAGACAUCAUUAUGAUUUAG